AAGCAUCCUCAUGUGCUCAUGUGUGAUGUAACAAGAAAUAUGAGGGUUGAAGAGGAAUCAAUGAAUUCAUGCACUUUGAAAGGUGUUCGAAAGUGGGAGUUUAACAUUGCGGUAAUGGGACCCAACAAGUUCAUGGACCACAUCGUAGAUAGUAGCAGAAUCAGCUGCGUACAUACAUAAAUAUAUACUGUACAGCAAGUCUUCGUCCCGUAUGGGAGGUCCAGGUCAAUGCAGCGUGUAAACUUACAACUAUGUAAUCAGCAGCGAAGUCUAGGGGAUACCGAUACUUCACCACCACCAGGAAAGUAUUGAGAAGCAUGUACAGAUACUUUGCUAGUUUAGCAGGCUUGUAGCUCAUUAUUGACUGGACUGCAGUUUCAUACGGCCAGAGGCUUUGAGCCGCAAUCUCAUGAUGAUUGAUCCUUCCCUUAAAUGAGAGGUUCUCGUCGAUGCGCCACAAGGACGAUGGCAAUGGAAAAAAGUGUACAUCAUCCAUCCAUUACCACACUUUCCUCAACUUGACAUUCCACGAACUGUUGUCAACCUCGAAGGCUUGCCACGAAAGAUGAGCAUAAUGUGGUGAAGAAGUGCGGGACCAAGGCACUUUGUAGCUACAAUAAAAGGCUUGGUUUGUCAUCAUCGUAUUUCGUCACGUUAUAAGCACAUGGAGACCAAAUCCGUAGCACGUAGCGUGUCAACCCUCCCUCCACCCGGACAUCCAAUCUUGCACGGCGUUGAAUCUCUACCGAUUUCUCAUACGUAGGCUCGGAGAAACAGUAAAGAGGAGGAACAAAACAAUCAUGGCGCAGGCGCAGCAGCAGCAGCAGCAGAAGCACCAGUAGUUCACGAUCUGUCCAAACCUGGCUCUACAGGUCGAAGAGUGCGUAGCAUACAAACGAUGGCUGUCGGUGAAGUCUGCUGUACAUGACGAAGGGAUGUAUAAAGCGUGGUCAACUUCGUCACGACUGUCAGCGCGGAAUUGCUUGGAGUGGUGGCCGAUAAAGGUUGUACUUGCGCUGGAAGUUGAAGACGUAAGGGAGUUGGUUAGACAUCUCGCACUCAUGCUUUGCAACAUUCUCUCUCUCUCUCUCUCUCUCGAGAGAGAGGAUCCUGCCAAAUUUCACCUUUUCCAUCUUUCUGCCGAAGCAGUUGUUGUAACCAUGCACUAGACCUGCCGGAUUGCAUGUUUCGGCCCCCACACAAUUGACUACAGCAGCAUGCAAGGUGUCCACAGCGUACGCCGCCCUGCUCUCGCAAAUCAAAUCAUAUGCAUCAAUCAAAUGCGCUUAUUUCUUUUUGUACAACUAAUUCCGAUUCCUCCUUUUUAGCCACGUUUUAACUUUUCAGCGCGAGCCCGAAUUGCUGAAUUUACUUGCAGGACUCGAGAUUCUCGAUGCCCCCCUCAGCCUCGUUCGCUGGUUGUACUCUCGUGUCUCGCUGAGGUUCGUUGGCCCCGAGGACCAUGACCACCAUCACCCUUACGUACUGCUCUUCUCUUGCUCGGCCACCAUAGCUUAAAGACUGCGCACGGCACUCGAAGGUUGGACGUGGCCGUUCCAAGCUUGGGUCGAUUCAGUUAUUCAUGUAAUAUCCAUGACGAGCUGGAGGCUGGCGCUUGGGUGGAAUCGAGUCUUGGGGCCACGCGCUCGAAGCUUUGGCGACAUGGUCACAGAAAGAAAGAGAGUCGGAGCUCGAAGGGGCUCGUCAUCUGGAGUCAGUGUAGAAUAGGCUGAAACAUGUCUCGCGCUGGAGAGCAGCUCGAGCGAAGAAGAAGAUAUCGUCGCUGCAAUAAUUGCGUCCUGUUGGGGUGUGAUGGGCCUUGCACUGCUUCAUGUUGCUCUGAGCCGCGUGAGCAACCUUCUGAGCAGCUUUGCUCUUGUGUCGUCGCCUCGUAAAUCCGCAUCGCCCCUCGGCGACCAUUAUCAAGCCACGCAGCUCACGAAGCUCGAGUCUCUCGGGUCGCAAGACUCCGCCGCCAUGGUGAUGGACGAGCUCGACGACCCAGAACGCUGCUUGCUUCCACACACGCAAUUGCGUCACGCCAGCCACCCCCAGCAGCAGCAGCAGCAGCAGCAGACAGUGCAUCGCGAGAGAACAGAAUUCUCGAAAUGUCUCGGAGGCACGUUCUGUUUCAAGGCCACCAAAGCUUCCGUCAUAGCACCGAGAAAAGAUCCAUUCAAGAUUUUACAUGGAGGAGGUCGAGCAGAUGAAUCGAGCAGAUGUCGAAGGAGAGGUUUGCGCAGGAGACUGUCCACUUGUAUUCGGAUCGACAAGGAUCUGGAGUUAUCUGGCGUGCGCGUGAGACAGGUCCUUUAUUACGCGUAAUCUAUGGCCGAUUUGAACUCCGUCCAUGCAGUCAGUUGCUUAAUUCUCAUGCGACCAAUUCUUUGAUUAUGGAGAUUGCAUCUUGCGAGAAGCUAAGCUCUCGUUGGUCAGGGCUCGGACUUGCUCUGUACACCAAUGAAUGCCUCGUACAUAGUUUCAGCAUCUGGAUGGACUGAGAAUAGUUGGCAAUUCAGUCUACUUCCUUGAUCGGUCCAGCGAAAUCGAAAAUUCGAUUGUAUAAUUCGAAGGAUUGUUCAGACAGAUAGAAGGUGUAUAGUUAUGCCAAAUUUUGUUUCAGAAUUCCAUUUAAUUUGCCGUCGGGUAAAUGAUGAAAUUGCGACCACUGGUCGAACGAUUUGCAUUGUAGGCCCUAAUUCAGCCAAGUGCUUGAUGUGAGUGGUGAACCAAGCAUUGAAUCACAU